UGUCUAUUUUAAUUUAUAUACAGUCCAACAGUGCCGAAGUGCAGUUUUGCACACCUUAACUUAAGCAUUCAGACAAUGUCAACUUAUGUAGCCGUUGCAUUGUGUGCAAUAUCGGGAGUAUCCUGUUUUAUUCUCGGAGCUAUUGUGCAACAACAUAUUUCAUUUAGAAAAAUUAAAUCUGUCAUGGUUAAUGAUCCGUAUGUCUAUCAAUGCCGUCGACAAAUUUUUAGGGCAUUAGCGAUGUUUGGGGAUUCGUCUAAAAAGUCAACUACAAGUGCAGAAACUGAGCAGUCAAAAAGUGGUGGAGAAGAGCAUGGGAGUAGCAAAGGAUUUUCAGAAGGACAAGAUCCUGGUAGUGUAUCCAUAUUCGACCACUUUGUACUAUGGAGUCGGACCAAGACGCAUAAAGCAAUGUCUUACAUGACAUUUUUAGUCGGGCCAGAUGGAAACCCACAUGAGAAACUUGAACUUGUAGCUGGCAUUAUGAAGUAUGGAUUUCCCGGUAUGGAUGAUAUACACGUCUACAAAAACUUUGUGCUGUCGUACGAUCGUCGCAAUCGUAUUGCCCAUUGGGUAUGCGAACACGUCAGAGACGAGUGCCUAAUUUCCAGGGAUCAAAAGACUUUAAAUAAGCCAAAUGCGUACAUAGCAGACAGUACCAUACCGACGACAUUCAGUGCAAAUAUGCGAGACUUCAAGAACACCGAUUGGGUUGGUGGACACUUGGCCUCUCCUCAAAACUACAAAUGCGAUGUGCUUAUGUUCCUGGAGACCUACAAGUUUUCCAACAUCGUGCCCAUUAAUCGUGGGCUCAAAAACCACAUUUGGUUCCGUUUGGAAAACUAUGUUCGGGAAAUGGCGCUCGAAUACGGUUCCGUUCAUGUCUAUACCGGUCCCAUGUUUAUGCCCCAAAGGAUUACGUUCAGGAACUGGUCCGUUCGUUACCAUGUAAUGGGCAUGAACACGGUUGCUGUUCCAACGCACUUUUUCAAAAUCAUCAUUAGGGAGAAUACGUGUAAUAGUGAUUUGCCCAUUAUGGAAGGUUAUGUUGUGCCCAAUGCCUAUCUGGACAAUGAUAUGGAUCUGCGUUCGUUUUUAUCCGAUAUCCGUGAUAUUGAACACUUCGCAGGACUCAAAUUUUGUGACGGCCAGCAGCGCGAUCCAAUUGAUUUGCCUGUCAGAGGGCCUUCGAUGACGGAUUUUCAGGAUGAGUAAAGUGUACACAUGUAUUACACGUUUUAUAACUAAAUAAUAUACUCAGCCAACAAGUUUAAUAAGUUAUUCUUGUAGCCUAU